CCCGGAAGGACACGAAACAAGUCGGCGCAAACAAAACGAGUGAACGAAAAAUGGCGAGCGGUGCUGUGAAGGGGAACCUCGACACAAGUUCCUGAAAUAACUGGAGGGGGACGGGGUCCUGAAACCGAUGUAUGGUUGGUUAUAAUUGAGAGCAAGUGGAAAUGGGAACACAGGCGCCCAGGCCGGAUGGACGGCGGUGAUACAAAUGGUCGCGGCAGCGUCCAGUUUUACGUGUAGAAAGAGUUGGGAGCGCCCUCGCGGAUAAUCAUGUAAAUUUAUUUGUUGUACGGGUAAAUGUAGUGGGUUUUUUUUUAUUUAUUUUUUUUUAUUUUGUUCUUUUCGCACGGGGUUGCAGUACUACUAGCACCCGAACCCGACUGUGUGUGGAGGCGAGGCGAGAAUUCCCUCUUUUCGGGAAACAUUUCACUUUAUUUUUCAUAGUUGGCCGUUUUUUGGCGCGCACUGAGGAGCACGCAGCGAUGCCCGUGGCCGUGUUCUUCGGGUGCGCCUUCAUCGCCUUCGGGCCCGCGCUCGCGCUCUUUGUGUUCACGAUCGCGCGGGAGCCGCUGCGCGUCAUCAUCCUCAUCGCCGGGGCAUUUUUCUGGCUGCUUUCACUGUUGCUCUCAUCCCUCGUGUGGUUCAUCGCAGUGAAAGCCAGCAACCCAGAGAACGUGUCAUUGCAGAAGGGCCUGCUCAUAUUUGGGGCCGUGUUUUCUGUGGUUCUGCAGGAGGUCUUCCGCUUUGCGUACUACCGGCUGCUGAGGAAAGCCAAUGAAGGACUAGCAGCCAUCAGUGAGGAGAACCUGUCCCCCAUCUCUGUCCAGCAGAUGGCUUACGUUGCUGGACUUGGCUUUGGCAUUAUGAGUGGCGCUUUCUCCAUGAUCAACAUUCUGUCGGACUCCCUAGGCCCAGGCACGGUGGGCAUCUACGGAGACUCGCAGUAUUACUUCAUCACCUCAGCCUUCAUGACCAUGGCGAUGACGUUGCUGCACACCUUCUGGGGCGUGGUGUUCUUUGACGGCUGUGAGAAGAGGCGCUGGUGGGUGAUUGCUGCCGUGGCGGCACUGCACCUGCUUGUGUCAGGACUGUCUUUCCUAAACCCCAGCUAUGAGGGCAGCCUGCCCCCUGCCUAUGUGAUCAUGGUGCUGAUGGCUGCGUGGGCCUUCUUCAGCUCCGGAGGGUCUUUACAGACCCUGACACAAGUCUGGAUGUGUAAAAAAAAUGGUGUGGAUUCCUCCUAACCGGUGUCCUGAGUUUCACUGACUUUGAUCCUCCUGAGAGAGGGGAACAGGUAUAUCUAUCUUUGUGUUGCUGCAGUGCUGGGUGGGGUCAAGCAAAAGCAGACCUGCAGUGGAGGAAACACUUUAAAAGGUACCCCCCCCCC